AUGAACUUCCUCCGCCAACGCCUCCCUGCCCCGAGGCAAGACCAGCAAGCCCGACGAGCUCGCCAGCAAGGCGGACCGGCGGCCGCGAGCGAGAGCUACCAACCCUCUCGCAUCGCCCAACUCGCCCAGGAGUCUCCCACAUGGUACAAGUCCGCCGCCCGCCGAAAGCUCUACUUCCUCCUCUUCCCCGCCGCCGUUGUUUCGUACGCCACGAGCGGAUACGAUGGCUCGAUGAUGAACUCCCUCCAGACCGUUUCCUACUUUGACGACUUCUUCGACAACCCGCGCGGGGCGGUCCUCGGCUUGAUGAGUGCCAUCAGCAAUACCUGUUGGUAUGUCGGUAGUAUCGCGGCAGCAUGGAUCACGUUUGGUACUCGAAAUAUCCCUAGCACCUGGUCUUGGCGAAUCCCGUCUCUUCUUCAGAUGGCACCUAGUGUAGUGCAGCUCGCAGCCAUCUGGUUUGUUCCCGAGUCUCCACGUUGGCUCAUCUCACACGAUCGUGGGGACGAGGCCAUGGAGGCCUUGAAGCAAUACCACGGCGAAGGCGAAGAGACGGAGCUGGUCAGAUUGGAGUUUGAAGAGAUCAGAGCUGCUAUCGACAAUGAGAAGAGACUUGGAAGCACAACUUGGGCAUCAAUGGUUAAGACGAAAGGCAACCGAUACCGCAUGUUUCUUGUCGUCUGCAUGGGAUUCUUCUCCCAAUGGUCUGGUAACGGCCUGAUUGCUUAUUACCUCUCGAGAAUCAUGGACACCGUCGGUAUCACGAACAAGAACACACAAGCUCUGGUCAAUGGCUUACUCAACAUCUGGAACUUCGGCCUUGCCCUGACUACUGCAUUCUUCGUGGAACGCAUCGGCCGCCGCCCCCUCUUCCGCAUCUCGACCUGCGGUAUGCUCGUAGUCUUUAUCGGUUGGACCAUCGCCUCAGCUCGAUUCGCCGAAACCAGUGCCAGCUCCGCCGGUAUCGCCGUCAUGGCGCUGAUUUUCAUCUACCAAGUCUUCUACUGCAUCGCCUUCUCGCCCUUGCCGGUCGCUUAUUCUGUGGAGGUCCUGCCGUACUCCAUCCGCGCCAAGGGCAUGGCAACAUACGUCUUCUCGACCAAAGCUGCCGUCUUUGUCAACCAAUACGUAAACCCGAUCGGCAUCCAGAACAUUGGUUGGCGCUUCUAUAUAGUCUAUGUUGCUAUCUUAGCUGUGGAGGCUUGCGUCGCUUAUGGGUGGUUCUUGGAGACUAAGGGCAAGGCUUUGGAGGAGAUUGCCGUCAUCUUUGAUGGUGAAGAAGCGAACGUUCGGAUUGCGGAGAAUGGGAAGGGAGAUGGUCCUAUUGACGUGGUGGAAACGGAGCACGCAACUUCAAAGGUCUAG